AUGGCUUGGAGGUCACGGCUCUCUUACAUUGGAUGGAGGCAUCUAAGUAUUUUUUCCAACCCAUCUCCGUCUAACUGGACUAAAGUGGUGUCUGAUGCUGAAAAGAUCGUAGGAUAUCCAACUUCAUUCAUGAGUUUGCGCUGUUUACUCAGUGACGAGCUCAGCAAUGUGGCCAUGCAUGUCAGGAAGCUGGUGGGAACAAAACACCCUCUGCUCAACACCGCCAGAGGAUUUGUGUACGACAGCCGGAAUAAUCUACAGAUGCGAGGUCUCAUUGUGUUGCUGAUGUCAAAAGCAGCCGGUCCAUGUCCCAGUACCAGUGACCCGAUUCAUGACAGUAUGGUCAGCGGCAUCUACCCAAGUCAGAGGAACUUGGCUGAGAUCACGGAGCUGAUUCACACGGCCUUCCUGGUGCAUCGUGGGAUUGUGAAUCUGAAGGAGUGGACAAACUCCGAUGGCCCCCUCAAAGACAUGCAGUUUGGGAACAAGAUGGCUGUUCUGAGUGGCGAUUUCCUGUUGGCCAAUGCCUGCACGGGAUUGGCCCAGCUUAAUGACACCAAGGUCGUGGAGCUGAUCUCCAGUGCAAUCGGAGAUGUGGUGCAAGGAAUCUAUCACGAGAGCUCCACUUCUGCAGAGGAGGGGAGUCUAACAGUUGCAUCCUGGGAAGACCAGACAUUCCUGUCCCAUGGUGCUUUGCUUGCCAAGAGUUGUCAGGCAGCGAUGAAGCUGGCCAGACAUGGUAACGAGGCUCAGAAUUUGGCUUUUCUGUACGGAAAACACCUCGCUCUGGGACACAAGCUGAAUUCAGAUCUUCAGCCGUUCGUGAAGAGCGGGUCAGAACCGGCGGUGUUUAGUUUGGACUCGGCUCCUGUAGUCUUCCACAGACAGAUCGUUGGACCUGAGAGAUGGCGGCACCAGCUAAAACAGGUUCAAAAUAUGGCUAGACAGAUUGAUUACACAAAGCUCCGGGGCCUGAUAAAGACGGAGAGAGGCGUGAGCCAGGCCCUUGACCUGUGCAGUUACCACGGCAACAAGGCCUUAGAGGCCAUGAAGUGCUUCCCAUCCUCAGAAGCUCGGUCAGCACUGGAAAACAUGGCAUGCGCGGUCACCAAGUUCUGAAGAUGGUUUCGAUCUGGAUGUAUAUAUCUGAAUCCAAUUUCGUUUGAUGCAGUUGAUUAAUGCUUGAGCCUGCCUGGAGGUUGAUCAUGAUUUUUUUCGGGUGCUGUUUUUAGACGACUUGCGUUGGAGUGUUUGCGGCUCCCACCUGCUCUACAGAUGAUGAUUUAUAUGUGGAACUGAUGAGUGUCGCACACAUUCAUGUUAACUGGACUCCAACAAAUCAACGUCAUCUUUUAAAAUAAAACGAGUUGUCUUUUUGAAACAAAUCAAUGUCUCUCU